AUGUCAACAGCCUCAGCUUCUACAUCUACUGCAGACACCAUGCUGGCCAAAACAUUGGAAGGAAUCUCAGUAAAAGAUCCAGACUAUUUCACAACUAAUCACUACUGGUCUUUGUUGGGUUUUUUACUCUAUCACCAACAAUGCAGUGAUUUUCUGCCCAAUAAAGGCGAAGAGCAUCAUCGAUAUUCCCUGAACCUUACAAAUAUAAUGAGUUGUGAAGAAAUACCAGUACAUUUAUUGAGAUGGGCUGGCAGAGCAAUUGGCUCAAUGCAAAAGGAAAAGAAAACACAGCUAGUAAACGAAUUCUGGGAGAGUGCUACAUCGGUGCAAAGGAGGAAGUUGGGAGCUAUAGCUGAAUGCGAAGCUUUGUUGGAGGAACAUACUACAAACACUGUGUACUCUACAUAUAGACAAGGACAGAUUGUACAGGAGAAGCUUGCAAGACGUUUAGAGGAUACUGACCUGGGCCUUCAAAAAAAGGAUGACCAGACUAAUCAUCCUCCUACAAAACGAACAAGAAUAGAAGAUUUUUUCCCCAUGCAUGACGUUCCUCAUCUUCAACAGGCACAUACUCCUGAUGAAGAAGAAGAGAUUUCUCUUUAUGAUACUUUUCCGGUUCACAUUUAUAAACAACCUGUACCAAAUCCUUUUCUAGUUGGAAAUAAGCAUGAUCAUGAUAUAGACGAAGAGGAUGAUGAAUUCAAUGCAGAUUUAACUAUUGUCAGUGGAAAAAGUAUUGAUUGGAUUAUUAGUGGAAUUAAUAUCAGAGAAAAGUUGGCAAAAUAUCAGCUUGAUGUAAAUCCACCUAAAACCAAUCCAGAAUAUUACAACAUUAUUUUUUUCAAUUUAAAUGAUGAAGACGGUUUCCUAGGAAUGUUAGAUAAAGGUAUUGUUGCGCAGAUGCGUAAGGAAAUAAGGAGGCCAGAAGUAGACACAAAUGAUAAUAUGAACCAAGAGAUUAAGGCAAAAGUGAUGGAAGAUGUGAAUUUGUUUUAUGAUCCUAUGUCCAAGGGAACCUAUAUCAUAAACGUUCUAGCACCCAUUCUUGAUUACUUCUUUAACAAAAAUAAAAAAGAUUGGCUUGUUUCAUAUGGAGAAACAUGCCUCAAGGCAUGUGCACAAGAU